CUUCCCUGGGACACCAGCCAGUCUAUCCCAGUGCGUCCACACGUCAGGAACCACCAACGUCUCCUCAUUAACCACCAGUUAACCACCAAUCAACCCCAAAUUAAUCCACUUGCAAAAAUUCAUCCAAAAAAUUGUACCAACAGCCAGUGCUGGUGCCUAAACCAUCAGUGUGUCGAAUCCAUUAACGACAUGAGAAAAAUAGAAAAAUUACCAUGGACUAAAGAAAAACUCUGGGAGAACUUGUAGAAUAGUGAAUACUGAAACUCAUUGAUGAGUGAUAUAAUCAUCGGUUAAUCAUGAUUACGAUACCAAUGGGCAGCUCCAGUCCCUAUUUCACUGUGACAUCAAUCAGCGAUGCUAGCACACUCAGGAGAAGACCUUUGGUCCAAGAGUUAUUCACAGCCAUGAAGGAGCAAUCGUCCUUGUCGAGGGUCGACAGGGACAAAGACCUCCAGAGGUCCAACAGUAGUGCUGCUGUUCUGACAACUAUCGGUGCCGACAUAUCCCCGAGUUCAUCCCACUUUUUUGAGGUACUGUACGUCGGAAAAAUAAAGCUGUCUCAUCAGAAAGUCCCCGAGUCGUUCAUUGACGAUGCUCUGAUGAAGUUCAAGGCUCAUGGCCUCGAAAAAUCUAAAUCAACAGCGAGUAAUCUACUCGCAGAGUGUCAGCAAUUACGUAGGCAGGCUCACCUAGCUGCCAGUAAUGAAAAUCGCAGGGACAGUGGGGACUCGUCAACGAGUGAUCUCGGCAGCAGUGAUAAUGUUUCAGUCCCAAGUAUCAUUUCUCCAACGAGUCCCCUCGGUGUGACAACAUUGGGUGGAUCUGUGGAAUCUCUCCCACCAGCCCGCGAUAGCGAGACCGAGAGUCAUCAGGCAAAAAAAAGUGGCAAUGCAACAAUGCAACCACCAGAAAUGAUGAGAAAUAGGGCAGCCUCAACUGGCAGUGUCCUAGGGCCCCGAAGAGGCUCAGCAGCCAGGGGAAAUGACGAUCACAAUCGGACUAUGUUAUUCCAGGUCGGUCGUUGUGAUCUCAGGCUCAUAAGUCCCGACAGAAAAGGCGUGCUGUUUCACAAACAAUUGAAGGACAUUGCGAGUUGCGUUCAAGGACUGAAGAAUCCCGAGCACUUUGGAUUUAUCUGUCGUGAGGUGUCUGCCGAGUGUUUUAUCGGUUAUAUAUUUAAGUGUCAAUCAGCAUCGGUUGCUGAUGAUCUUGUUGGUGCUAUAACGCAGGCGUUUAUAGCAACGUGCAACGGUGCUAAAAAAGAACGCCAUCCAAUAUUCCAGUGUGAGCACUGUCCCAUGGUGUGGUACAAUAAUCUUUGUCAAGCUAUUGAAGGUCAGGGAGACAGGAAGACCCAGAGUAUCAUAUUCACGCGCAUGGAGUUGCUACCAGAGGACGAACAGGAGAUCGUUGUCACUAAGUACAAGGGAGCUGAGGCAGCUGGUGGCUCUGGUCGUGAGUUCAGCUUACGUGAGCAAAAUCAAUUUUUGAUGAUGCUGCUUCGUGCGCACUGUGAGUCCAAGCAAUCACGACAUGUUCAUGAUACUGCUGAGCAGAGGAGUGAAUUUUUAAAUCAGUAUCUGAGUGUUGGAGUGGGCAGUACUAUAUUCAUGAAGGCAAAACGAUCGUUAACCAAUUCGUUUGAUCAUCUGAUGAAGCGUAAGGGAUCGAGGGAUGAUUUCGGAUUAAAUUCACACGUUAGGGAUGGCAAUGUCUCAAGGAGUGAAAGGGGAAGUCCUGUGGGAUCAAUGCCUGGGAUGAUGGGAGAAGUCACGCCGGAGUCUAAUCGUCCCAGAUCACUCAGGGUAUCCCCCGAGCAACAGUUGGUGGUUAAUACAGGACCAAAGAGCCCCAUGAUGGAUAUUUUCCUCAAGGUGGGCAACUCGCCAAAGAUGUCGCCCACUGAGGCUGAGGACAAUACUCGAUUGCAGUCCAAUAGUUCUUGGAGGCAAGCCAUACUUAAUCGUGUGGUAACUCCCGGAAAGGAUCAGGACGCUAGAGAUAACGAUAAAAAUUCAAGUAAUAAUGUACUUGUCACACCGAAGAGGACUAAACAGGAGUUACGAGAUCUGUGGAAAAAGGCCAUUAAUCAGCAGGUAAUUUUGAUUCGAAUGGAGAAGGAAAAUACAAGACUCAGGGUGAGGCAGGAGGAGGCGACAAUGAAGAGGAUAAAAUUGGAGUACGAUGAAUUGAGCAGUUGCGCCAGGGAGCUGUCGGAGGUUUGGGAUCUGCUGGUUAGCAAGGAGAGUAGAAUAUCGACUAAGUGUGAUAAUCAAAUGCUUCUUCAAGCGAUUAAGCAGGGAGUGCCCAGGGGUAAAAGAGGGGAUGUUUGGCACUUUCUGGCUGAACAAUUCUGCCUCAAAAUGCCACCAAUCGAUACCACAGACUUUCCAAACUACAAUACACCUUAUGAUUUACUUCUGAAACAGUUAACCUCUCAACAGCACGCCAUAUUGAUAGAUCUGGGUCGCACUUUUCCCAAUCAUCCUUAUUUUAGUUCACCCCUUGGGCCAGGUCAGCUGGCACUAUUCAAUCUCCUGAAGGCUUAUUCUUUGUUGGACCACGAGGUGGGAUAUUGCCAGGGCCUCAGCUUUGUCGCUGGGGUUCUACUUCUUCAUAUGUCUGAGGACCAGGCGUUCUUUCUUCUCAGGCACCUCAUGUUCAGGAGAGGACUGAGGAAACUGUACUUACCAGACAUGGCUGCUCUCCAGCUACACCUUUAUCAACUCUCUAGACUGCUUCAUGACAGGUUACCCUCGAUCUACGCCCACUUCGAUAAACACGAGGUCUCGCCAACACUCUAUGCAGCCCCUUGGCUUCUCACUCUCUUCGCAAGUCAAUUCCCUCUUGGAUUCGUCACGAGGGUCUUCGAUCUCUUGUUCCUCGAAAGCUCUGAGGUAAUAUUCAGAGUAGCUCUUGCCCUCUUGGAGGAGCACCAGGAUCAGUUACUCAUGUGCGACAGUUUCGAGGAAAUCAUGGAGUACCUCAAAGUCACAGUCCCAGCAGUUGAUAAGGCUAUCCUGGACCGAGUCAUGAAAAGAGUGUUCUAUCCAGAUCUGGAGAUUCCCAAGCAAUUGAAUGAGUACAGAGUUGAGUAUCAAGUUCUUCAGGAAGAGAUGUUGUCAGUUAAACCCCAGAUUGAAAACAUGGAGAAAUUGGAAAUGUUGAAUAAGCAAUUGACUCAGCAAAAUGCUCACUUGAAUUCACAAUUAGAAAUAGCAGUCAACAAUAUUCAACGUCUCGAAAGCACGAGAUCAUCACAGCAACUGUCAGUUCAUAAACUAGAGUCCCAAAAUCGAAGUCUAGAGGUCACCGUCGCCACUCUAGGCUCAUUCGUCCAACAAUUAGUGGAGGCUAGAACUGACAUUGAAGUACCUGGGGAUGUGCGACGAAUCAUAGCACAAUUCAGUCUCGCUGAAAAGCGCCGAAGCAACAGCUCAAAAUCAUUUCCCCUGAAAGUCAUUGAGGAUAACAAUAAUCGGUACGAGCCUACUAAAAGCAAUUCUACAGGGCGAGAGACAAAAAUUUUUCUCAAGAGCAAUAUGGAGCCGCCCUAUCCCCUUAAAUCAGCCCUUAGCCAACCCAAUCUCGGCACUAAACUCGAGAAAAUGUCAUCGUUUUUCGCUAAUUCUCAUAAUCACAUCAAGCAACAGCGUGCACAAAUGGCAGCACUGAGAAAUGAAAGCAUUGGAGAGCACACCUUGAAUAAUAAUGACGAGAAUGAUCCCAAGACAGUUAAUAUUGACAUACAAAUUACUGACACAGUUAAUACAACAACUGACAAUGUUAUACAGAGUGACAAUAAUUUGAAAAUUGAGACUGGAAGUCUCGAGAAAUCUACCUCGUUACCAUUGAAUGCCAAGAUGAAACUUAAACCGACAAAAUCAGCUUAUGAGUUGGGAUCUGUGAAGAAGAUCCUAACAACCAAGUUGGAUGAUACCAAUGACACUGUCUCGAGUCUUGGAACUAUCCAUCCACUGGACACGUGCAGCGACGUUAAUUUCAAAUACGGAGGGACAACUAAAUUGAAAUCUAUCAAACCGGUGAGAUUGUCCAACCAAGGGGGAAACCCUGAGAGCCUCAGCAAGGAGAUGCAGAGCCAAAAUCCGGAAAUUCUUACUAGAUAACAUAUAGUGCUCGUUACGAUAAAUGAGGAGUGAAUUAUUCGGUGAAGAUUCCUCAGCCACCUGGAAUCAUUGUCAAUUAUGAUGUAUCUGUCUUCUUGCUUUAUUUGUUGGCUUUUUCGACGAAUUAGAAUUGAUUUUUGGAUUUAUUGAGGACAGGUUCUUCAUUGUUUUCGUCCAAUACAUGCGUCCAGCUUUUUAUUUCGUACUGGUGAGGAAAUUUAAUGUGAACUGCACGUGAUUCUUAUAUUUAAAACAGUAUUUCAUUGGAUCGAAUUCGGUAUUAUGAAUGAGUAAAGUACUAUGAUAAUUUUUUGUCGAUGAAAUAUCACCGGAACUAUUCAGUCGCACAAUGAAUUAUAACGGGUCCUUUUUUAGCGAUAUUCUUUAUCGGUGAUGAAAUCCAAUAUCAAGAGUAGAAAUUUGUAAAUGUGGAGAGAAUAUCACGAUGUCUUGCCUAUGAUAGACUUGAUAGAGAGUUUUAUUGAUAAUUUGAAUGUAAUCUGGUUCAACUUGAGAAUCCCUUUAAGCAGUGUGCCAAUUAAACUGAUAUUGUAUAUUUAUUAAUUUAUGGAAGAAUUCAUCAGGAAGCAGAAGCAGCAUGAAUAUCAGACCUCUGAAUACUAGAUACUAAUUAUUAAUACUUUGAAUUCGGGUUAUUGUCAAUCAGAAAUAUACACUAUUCAUGUGACUGCCAAAUUGAACUUACUGGAAUUAUUCACAAAAUUAGAUGUAAAAUUUCUUCAGUACUUAUCAAUGAUCAACUUAAACACUGUAGUACAAAGCAUAUGAUAUGAAUAAAAUAUAGUUCAGUAUUCGAUGAAUGUUUUACUGGAGCCGUUAAUUACGUAAAAGGGAAGUUGAGUUGAAUGGAAAAAUGCCAUUGACCCUCUGUUGAUGGAACAUUAAUACAUUGAGAGGAGAAAAGUUAUCUAUAUUUUCUAGUACUUAGAUUUAUACCAUUCUAGAGGAAUAGCAGUCGUGUAUCUGUGGGGCUCGAUUGAUUUAGUUUAAAGACGAAUUUUAAUGUAAUAGUUGCCAGGUUAUUAUCACAGCCCGUACUUGAUCGGUGUAAAUAUAUAUGAUAGUUUAAAGUAUAGGAAUAAGACGAGUAGAUCUAGGAUUAGAAUAUAUGUGAUGAAACUGUUUGGACAAUUUUUUUCUUAUCAUUGGAUUUAGGAAGGGUGCGGCAUGCAAUAAUUGAAACUUCACGUUUCAUUGUUCUUGUUCAUCGGUUAUGGAGAAAUAGUGAAACAACUCGAUUCACUUCCACGAAUGCUUCCUUUGGUUUUCGAUCAUUGGUGGUGAGGCAGAUGAAUUUCGUCUCGAUGAAAAGUUAAACAUAAAGAAUAAAGAAUGCAGUCUUAUUCAUAGUGAUACUAGUGUAGUGAGCAAUUUCCAUUGGACUGGAAAUGGCGAUAAGAUGUGAUGGGGCGGAGGCACAUUCUCCGAUCCACGAUUCUUCAAUUCUUUCAUUUUUU